AUGUCAUCCCAAACCCUCAUCCAAAAUGUGGUCAUCACCCCUGUGGCUUUCCACGAUAUGCCCCUGCUCAACAGCGUCGGCGUGCACGAGCCCUUCGCCCUUCGCAGCAUAAUCGAAAUCAUCCUCCCCAAUAACGUCUACGGCCUGGGCGAAUCGUACGGCGACUCGGCCCACCUGGAGCGUCUGCAACGGGCUGCAUCCAAAAUAAAGGGUCUAGCCAUCCACAACACCAACGCCAUCUACCGCGCCAUUGUCGACUCCCUCGCCUCUGACAGCGGCGCUGGCGGUGAUGGCAUGAGUGGAAUGGUUACCGGCACCUCAACGGCGGACAAGGUCUUCUCCCCCUUCGAAGUAGCCUGUCUCGACAUCCAGGGCAAACUUGCCGGCGUGCCGGUGAGCGACCUCCUUGGUGGGAGGGUGCGAGACACGGUGCAAUACUCCGCAUAUCUCUUCUACAAAUGGGCGGCGCACCCGGGCGAAGCAGACGAUGAAUAUGGCGCCGCGCUCGACCCAACCGGACUACUCAAACAAGCCCACAAGAUCAUCGACGAGUACGGCUUCAAAGCCAUCAAGCUCAAGGGCGGCGUGUACCCUCCCGCCCAAGAGGUCGAGGCCAUCAAGGCGCUGCGCACCGAGUUCCCCGAUUUACCGCUACGGCUGGAUCCCAAUGCGGCGUGGACAGUCGAGACAUCCAAGUGGGUUGCCAAAGAGCUAGACGGCAUCGUCGAGUACCUCGAGGACCCGGCACCGGGGAUAGAGGGCAUGGCUGCUGUGGCGAAGGAGGCGAACAUGCCGCUCGCGACGAACAUGGCCGUGGUUUCUUUCGCACAUUUACCUUCGUCCAUCGCGCAGGACGCGGUGCAGGUGGUGCUGUCGGAUCACCAUUUCUGGGGCGGACUGCGCAAGUCCCAGGGCUUGGCGGCGAUUUGCAACACUUGGGGCAUGCGGCUGUCGAUGCAUUCGAAUAGUCACCUGGGCAUCUCGCUGGCGGCUAUGACGCAUUUGGCCUCCGCGACGCCUAAUUUGGAUUAUGCGUGUGAUACGCAUUGGCCUUGGAAGCGGCGGGAUGAGGAUGUGAUUGUUCAGGGGGCGUUGAGGUGGCAUGAGGGCGGUGUGGUUGUGCCUACUGCUGCUGGGCUUGGGGUUGAGCUCGAUAGAGAGAAGUUGGCGAAAUUGCAUCAGCAGUAUCUUGACUGUGGCAUAACAAAGAGGGAUGAUACUACUUACAUGCAAAGGUUUCAUCCUGAGUUUUCUAACAAGUUGCCGAGAUGGUGA